CCGUGCGUCAGUCAGAACACGUUCCUGUUUGCAGACCACAAACCCAGGAAAGCCAGGAUGGACACUGCUGGAAAAGUUAUUAAGUGCAAAGCAGCUGUCCUAUGGGGGACGAACCAGCCCUUCUCCAUUGAGGACAUUGAAGUGGCCCCACCAAAGGCUAAGGAAGUUCGUGUUAAGAUUUUGGCCACGGGAAUCUGUGGCACAGAUGACCACGUGAUCAAGGGAACGAUGGUGUCUAAGUUCCCAGUGAUUGUGGGACACGAAGCAGUUGGGAUUGUGGAGAGUGUUGGAGAAGAGGUCACUACAGUGAGACCAGGUGACAAAGUGAUCCCCCUCUUUCUACCACAGUGUAGAGAAUGCAACCCCUGCCGCAACCCGGAGGGAAAUCUCUGCAUUAGGAGCGACCUGACAGGCCGUGGAGUAUUGGCUGACGGCACGACCAGGUUCACAUGCAAGGACAAACCAGUCCAGCACUUCAUGAACACCAGCACCUUCACUGAGUACACGGUCCUGGAUGAAUCCUCCGUAGCUAAGAUCGAUGCCGAGGCUCCUCCCGAGAAAGCCUGCUUGAUUGGCUGUGGAUUUUCCACUGGUUAUGGGGCUGCUGUUAAAACUGCCAAGGUCAGCCCUGGCUCCACCUGUGCUGUGUUUGGCCUGGGAGGAGUUGGCCUGUCAGUCGUCAUGGGCUGUAAAGCGGCCGGCGCCUCCCGGAUCAUCGGAAUUGACAUCAACAAGGACAAAUUUCAGAAAGCCCUGGAUGUAGGGGCCACAGAGUGUAUCAAUCCCAGGGACUUCACCAAGCCCAUCAGUGAGGUGCUGUCAGACAUGACAGGCAACACUGUCCAGUAUACUUUUGAAGUUAUCGGGCGCCUUGAGACCAUGGUUGAUGCCCUCUCAUCUUGCCAUAUGAACUACGGGACCAGCGUGGUGGUCGGGGCUCCUCCGUCAGCCAAGAUGCUCAGCUAUGACCCAAUGCUGCUUUUCACUGGACGGACAUGGAAGGGCUGCGUCUUUGGUGGUUGGAAGAGCAGAGAUGAUGUUCCCAAAUUGGUGACUGAAUUCCUGGAAAAGAAAUUUGACCUGGGCCAGUUGAUAACCCACACCUUGCCUUUUCAUAACAUCAGUGAAGGAUUUGAAUUGCUUUAUUCAGGGCAAAGCAUUCGGACUGUCCUGACAUUUUGAGAUCCAGAGAGCUGGGUGUUCUGUGCUGGGCGACCGUGACCUGAAGCCUUGUUCCUGACAGUGUUCUCUGAUAUCACGAGUCUGUCUCAGAAAUGCAUGCAGAGGCAGGUUGGGGGCAAGAGAGGGAAGCUCUAUAGAGGUUUAUAAACCUUCAUAUGUUUAGUUUACCGAGUGCCUAGCAUUAGCAGAGAACAGUAAGAGUAAAUGUUUUAGUCUGCGUUUUCUAAGACGAUAAUUCUACACUUCAUAAGCAUAUACUUGGGGCUCUAUUUGUUGGAAGAGGGAUUGUUUUCAGAAUUUUACACAGUUGUUGUGACUUAAAAACAGACAAAGCAUGUAGAGAUGUAGAGAAUGCAUUUUUCAAGAGAUACCCACCAAAGCCACCCGAGCUCUCAUUCUGUUUUUCAACAGAAACACUUUUAAAAAUGUUAUAAAUUAACUUGAAUUAGAUUGUGAAAUUGCACACAUAACUUGAUUAGAUUAAGAAAGAAAGUUGGGAAAUUUAAGGGAAGGGCACGUUUUUUAAUGAUUAACUUUGAAAAUUAUCGUUAUGUAACUUAGUGACAUGGGGGAAGCACAUCUGUGCCUGGAGAUAUCGUCAGCGUUUAUUAAUAUAAAGCACUUUUACAGUAGCGAUUACAGAUGAACCAUAGAUAUAACCACAUUGGGAUAUUUAUGAUAUUAAGUUUAAUAAAGUAGAAUGACAAGUCCUUAAGGACAUAGUAGUAACUACAUUUAACAUGAAGAUUAUUCUCAGAUUGCUUUAACUACACCAGCCUGUAUCUGCAUCUGUCUGUGGACAUGUACACACACGUAAUAUUCAUUAAAUUUUCAUUGUGGUA